AUGACGACACCAAUAACUCCAUCCAAACAGACAGCCACCAUCAAGUCCCGGCGCGUGCUCGCCUGCGUGUUGUGUCAGCAACGCAAGAUCAAGUGUGAUCGUAGAUUUCCUUGCGUCAACUGUGUACGUGCUGGAGAACAUUGCGAGCAAGCAAUCCGCCAGCGACGCCGGAGGUUUGCUGAGAGAGAUCUGUUGGCGCGCCUGCAACACUAUGAGAGCCUGCUGCGCCAACAUAACAUCAAAUUCGAUCCCCUCCACACGCCUACCAGAGACCGCAGGUCCCCCAGCCAGGAUGAGCCAGAUGAAAUUCCGGAAAAGGACCUGUUGGAAAGCAAUGUCCCUGAUACGAAUACUCGCUUGUUAAGAGAAAAGAAGACAAACAAGCCUAAAUCAUUGAAUAUCUGGCAUGCCAUGAGUCAAAAGACCAUAGAUUCCAAGGGCGAUGACGGAACUGACGGUGAAAACGACGAAAUCGACAACGGGUUCCUGCACGACAAUGAUGAUCUGCGCCAUGCCGUGAUCAAGAAGGCAUGGAACCAUAUGUUCCAAGGUAAAAAUAACGACCGUCUCUUAUUCAGUUCACCGGUAGAGAGCGUCGAUGACCUUUAUGCUUUCCAUCCGACCCAGGUACAGAUCUUCAGGCUCUGGCAGAUCUACUUGGAUAACGUCAACCCGCUUCUCAAAGUAACGCAUACACCCACCCUUCAAACACGUAUCAUCGAUGCUGCUAGUGAUAUCGCCAACGUUAAUCCCACAUUGGAGGCAUUGAUGUUCAGUAUCUACUGCGUCUCCAUCCUAAGUCUCACAGAAGAUCAAUGCAGCGCCUUGUUCGGAUCCCCCAAAAAGGAUCUCUUGACAGCGUAUCAGUUUGCAUGCCAACAAGCGUUGCGAGGUUGUUCUAUUCUACGCUCCAGUGACCGGGAGUCCUUGACCGCGUUGUAUCUGUACCUAGUGUCGAUCCGACCUGAUACAGACCCUGCAUCUCUCUCAUCAAUGCUUGGCGUUGCUAUACGAAUCGGUCAGCGCAUAGGCAUUCACAAUGAGUCAAUGUAUGGUAAAUGUUCCGCUCUAGAAGCUGAGAUGCGUCGAAGACUCUGGUGGUCGCUCAUCAUCUUCGAUAAUCGCAUCUGCGAACUGUCCGACUAUAAGACGGCAUCGCUGGCUCCUACUUGGGACUGCCGCGUUCCACUCAACGUUAGUGACUUCGAGCUUCAGCCAGAUAUUGAAAUCCCACCCUCAGCAAACAACAGACCAACAGAGAUGCUCUUCGCUGUUGUGCGUAGUGAGCUCGCCGACUUCGUUCGUCACAGCGCCUUCCACCUCGAUUUUACCAAUCCCUUUUUGAACACGAUGGACCCUCGAUCUGCCACCAUGGACGAGGCGGAGCGGUUUGUGGCUCUGGAGAAGACGAUAGAGGAGAAAUACUUGGCAUCCUGCAAUCUAGAGAACCCACUGCACUUCAUGACGAUCUGGACAAUGCGAGGCUAUCUAGCCAAGAAUCGUCUUUUGCAAUACUACUCCCAAUACUCGGCCACCUCUGUGCAGCAGACGGAGUUACAGCGUUAUGUCGGCAUAUCCCACGCGCUUCGCAUGCUGGAGUGCGACACCAACCUUAUGACAUCACCUCUAAUCAAGGGAUACCUGUGGCUUCUUCACUUACAAUUCCCCUUCCCCGCAUACAUUCAUCUACUCCAGAAUUUAAAGAAGAGGCCCACCGAGAAAAAUGCAGACCACACGUGGGAGGUCAUGAGCAACAAUUACGAGGUCCGCAUGAUGGAUGUGAAGGAUGACGAACGUCCCUUUUUCAUCGUCUUCUCUCGGAUUGUCUUCCAGGCUUGGGACGCGCGUGAACAGGUAGCCAGACAGCAACAGACGCUCCUAGUGCCACCGCGGAUCGUUUCAGAUAUCCGGAACAAAGUGACGGAGAUGAUGUGGAAUUUUGGACAGGAUGCAGACACUAUGCACACUAGUGGUACCUCAGAUGUCAACGCAGACAACCCAUAUAUGCCUAUAGAGAUGGAUUUCAAUGUGCCGUGGAUGGCUAAUGGUGCUGGGGGGCCGGUGCCUACUAAUUUGGGACCGUGGGGAUAUCCCGAGAUCACUGGGCCGAGCUCCGUGGACGUGGGUGGGAAUCAUUUUAUUUGGAACCCGAUGAACUGGAACGCGUUGCAUGCAAGAGGCAGGUAG